CUGUCAUAUUAGUAAAAAUGUCAACGUCAAGUAAACAAAAUACGUCGACCGAGUAUCGUGUCUGUCGUCGUCACGAACUUAUGGUUUUUUUUUAAGAAUUACGGGUUUGAUUUAAUCAAUUACUUGGUUAAGUUUUAAUUGUAUACUGAACUACAAAAAAGGAGAAGAAUUAAAGAAAAAACUUGAUAUUUUUGUGCAAUGUCGACUUUCUCGGGUUUCAGUGAAGAAGAGUUGAAAAGAAUAAAAUCCGGCGAAACUGGCUCGAACAGCGGUCGACAAAUCAACAUAUCAAAUGUUAGAAAAGUGGACAAAAUUGGUGCUAGACCAAAGAGACCCAUUAACGAAUUCAAACACUCAAAACCCAUCCUAAAAAGCCUGAGCUCCGAUGAUGCUAUAGACAAUAUACAGUUUGACAAAUGUAAACUUAGCUUAAGAUCGCCGACAACACCAAACAAUGAUACAACAAUAGAAACAUUAAAUAAAAAUAAUAAAGAAAAUGUUGACAAUAAUGAUAAUGUUAAAACAGAGACUAAUAAAGAAACUAGCGUAGAAUCCAAUGUUAACAACUAUGAUAAAAUUACCAAAAUGGCUACUGACAAUGCUGAAGUAAUAAGUGAUAGAAAGCAAAGUAUAGAUGCACCACCGGAUAUUGUGCGAGGAGUUGAAAAUUAUUCCGAAGAUGAACUGGAGAACCAUAAGAUGAAGUUACAUGAACUGCAGUUGAGACAGAAGUUAAUGGAAGAACAGAAUAAGAAGAGGAAAGAGAUGCUAGCUAAGGCUCUAGCUGAUAGGACAAAACAAACUACAGAAGAGGUGAUGAGACUGGAGAAGAUUAAGAAGGAGCUACAAGUACUAGACAGUCAGUUCUCACAAGACGUUUCUGUACUGAGACAGAAGAUCGACCAGGCUUGUUUGAGCUAUGCUGACGCAGAAAAACACUACUUGAAAGUAGAGAAAGAGUUCCUGCAAGCGAAGAUACACCUACAAAAGGAGAAGGAGAAAAAAGAGCUACUAACAGAACACUUAUGUGCUCUAAUCACACACAACGAGACAAGAAAAGCUCAGAAACUAGAAACUUUAAUGUUAGAAUUAGCCACAGAUAAGGAAAAAGUAGAAAAAUUGGAUAAGGUAGAAGUGAAUGAAGUUAAAACAGUUGAUGAACCGAUUAUAGUGGAUGGUGUUGAUGAACGAACUGGUAAGAUUGUUGAACUUACACCUAGUAGUUAGUUUAUUGAAGAUUGUUUAUUGAAAUUAGUGAUUUGUGAUGGUAAACAAAGGACUUGGAUUGAUUUACUGUCAUGGUUAAAUCAAUAGUAUUGUAGGAAAGUGAAAAUACCUACAAAUUAAAAUUUACUUGGAACAUGCAAAAAAUACUAAAUUACAGAGGCUAAAAU